UUUUUUUGCAAUAUUUUACUCGCAUAAGAUCCAUCCAUGUGAGUAUUCUAGAUGAGUUCUAUGAACCCCUCCUUGUACACGCAAACUAAUUUAAAUUAAAAAUAAAGGAAAUAAACAUGCUCCAAGCCAACUAUAAAUGACUUUUACAGAAACAAUUCCCAACAACGGCAGCAAAUCGACCCAAGAAAAUGUAACCUACAAAGGUAAAUACAAAGGAAGCAAUAAACAACUCUUCCUCAGAUAAAUAGGCUGAAGAACACUAGAAUAUCACACAAAUCGCCUCUCAUCAUAGAAAAAAAAAUAUAGAGAGAGAGAACCAAAUAACGUUACAAGCCACUAAAAAUUCACAUUAUAUGACAACUACAAAAGACAAUGUUGUAGAAGUAAGCUAUGACAUUUCGACUUCUCAAUGUAAAGAGAGUAACAAAAUUAUUAAUCACAUCAGGUGAUGAAUAGGAGCCAAAGUAGUUGCCAUCAUCAGGUGAGGAAUGAAGACUAAAAUAAUUCUUAUUAAGUGGUUGGUCUUUCUUUCAAACUCAACUCUAAAUUCGAAUUUUUGAAUCUUAUUCGACUGUAACAAGCACAAAAGGUAAUCUUUCAAAACCAACAAUGGGAAUGACACACAAAUAAACAUAAAAUGCGUCAAUUGAUACAACGUUUUAUAUCAACUUCAAGCACAACAUCAUCAAUGCUUGAGGUCAACGCAAAAGUUCAACAUUUGGUCUCAAAAGGUUUAGAUGGGCAAGCACUUGCAUUCUACCAAGAACAAGUCCACCCUUUUUUCCCUGCAAACACAGCCACCACCUUCAUUCUUCCGUCAAUCAUCAAAGCCUGUGCCCAUUCUCAAACCCACCAAAUUUUGGGCCUUCAGAUACACUGUAAUGUCCUCAAAAUUGGGUUUAAGUCUGAAUCUACGGUCUCAAAUUCACUCAUCUCAAUGUAUGCAAAGUUUUCAGACACGCAGAGUGCGUACAAGAUGUUCGACAAUAUGCCUCAUAGAGAUACCAUUUCCUGGAAUUCCAUGAUUAACUGCUGUAUUCAAAACGGGUUUCUCUUGGAAUCAUUAAAGAUAUUUAAGGAGAUGUAUAUGCAUGGUUUUGUGCCGAAAUCUGAGCUGAUUGCCAGUGUUCUCUCAGUAUGUGUUAAAAGCGAGUCUUGGUGGUUAGGAAGAGCAAUACAUGCUCUUGUUACUGUUGAUGAGAGAAUAGAGAAAUCGGUUUUUGUGUUGUCUACGUUGGUGGAUUUUUACUGGAUGUGUGGCAAUUCAGAUAUGGCAUUUCGUGUUUUUGAUAGAAUGGGGGAGAAAAAUGAAGUCUCGUGGACUGCUAUGAUAUCUGGAUGUGUUAAUGAUCAAGAUUACAUGAACGCACUUGAUUUAUUUGGUGAAAUGCAGGCAAAUAAUCUCAAGCCUAACAGAGUGACUUUGAUUAGUAUAUUACCAGUUUUUGCUGAGCUAGGCUCAAUAAACUACACCUUGAAGUGUGGCUAAGAGAUUCACGGGUAUGCUUUUCGACAUAGUUUUGAUCCAGAAUCUCAUUUUUCAACAGCGCUUGUGCACGUUUAUUCUGAAUGUAGGGGAGCAUUGCAGUAUGCUAAGCUUAUUUUUGAUAAGAGCACGAGGAAAGAUGUAGUGAUGUGGAGUGCUAUGAUUUCAGGCUAUUCCCAUAGUAAAGAUUGUACUAGAGAAGCUAUUAGGUUAUUUGGUGAAAUGCAGAUGGAGGGAAUUCGACCCAACAGUGUUACUCUAUUGGCCAUGAUUUCUACAUGUACUAAUCUUCUAUCACUAAGCGAUGGCUGUGGAAUCCACAGCUACACCUUGAAGUGUGGCUUGAAUUCCAACUUGUUUAUUCAAAACGCCCUUAUUAAUAUGUAUUCAAAGUGUGGUAGUCUUGAAGAUUCUGUUCAAGUAUUCAAGGAAAUGAGGAUAAGGGAUUUUGUUUCAUGGAGUGCGAUUAUUGGUGCAUAUGGACUUUACGGUUAUCCAGAGGAAGCGUUGCGACUCUUCUACGAGAUUCAAGGGAGUGGUAUUAAGGCGGAUGAAAUAACGUAUCUUGCUAUUUUAUCCGCCUGCAAUCAUGCUGGUUUUGUAGAAGAGGGACUAAAGAUUUUUGACGAAGCAAUAAAAGACGUAAAUAUAUCUUUAACAGUGGAGCACUAUACGUGCUUUAUUGAUCUCCUUGGAAGGGCAGGAAAACUCGAUGAUGCAUAUGAUGUCAUUGGCAGAAUGCCAAUGAAAGCGAACGCAAGAAUGUAUAGUUCCUUAGUUUCUGCUUUUAAACUUCAUGGGAGACUCGAUCUUGCAGGAUUGCUAGCACAUGAACUUGUUAGAUCAGAACCUGAGAAUGCUGCCAAUCAUGCUUUGCUAAGUAUGGUUCACGCUGAAUCUGGUAACUGGCUUGGGGUGGAGGAAGUGCGGAGAGACAUGAAGGAUAGAAAAAUAAGAAAGAACUAUGGUUUUAGCAAAAUUGGCCUACAUGAAAGGAGCUUGUAAUGGAUACUAAACACGCGUAGAGCUGUCAAACGGGCCUAGCAACCAUUGGCCAGGAACAGCCCAACCACCGGCACCCAUCUCGGCCCACAUACAAUGGCAGGCCAUAAGAGUUCAGUCUCGCCAAAAAUCGUGUGGCCUGUCUCUGCCACAAGGGCUGGGCCAGACAAGAAAUGCUACAAUGAGAGGGAUAACAUAAUCAAAAAUGAUUCUUGUACGAGGGAAAUGCAUAGGGAGUUCCAUGGGUGCUGAGAUGAUAGUACCUAAUUAACAGUUUUAACUAUGUUUUUGUUGUCCAAAAUCCAAUGAAAUAUUGUCAUGUAACAUUCUGUAAUUCCCUACAAAUUUUCCUUGUACAUGUCGCAUUGCUCAUUCCUGGUGAUCUCUUUGCAUGUGAGGUAGCAGUGGAAACCCUUGAUUUUCAAGGCUAAAGAGAAGAAUAUCUGGAUCUUAUUAGUGAACAUCAAACCCCACCUUUU